UCAGAACUCGGUAAGACUACGAACCAUAGGUGGGAACAGACAUAGCAGGAACUGGUUUCCCACGGUGAGAAUAGGCGUGUGCACUGCGUAACAGAAGCGCGAGAAACCAAAACUAGGAAAAUUGAAAACAUUUGCUAGUCAGCCAAAUAUGUACAUGCAGUGGGAUCAAAUAUAUUAUUGCUGUCCCACUGACCUGUAGCUGUUGUUGGUGGAUACGUAUACACAGCUAACUUGUCUUGAAUCGGAAUCGUUAUCCAACCGGAAAUGUACAUUUGAAAGUGAAACAAACAUUUUAAAAAAAUAAUCACGAUUUGCAUUCCCUAGGCUAAUUAAAUCACGUUUCGUAAUAAUUAUUAUAAUUAUUACGUUUCGUAUCCUUAUUCUCGUAGUUCAGUUAUUAUGCGUCAACGCAAUUUGAAGUUGAGUUUCAGUUCAUGUGAAACGGAAAGAUGCCGUCAUGAUUCCGACGAAGAGGUUCAGCAUAGAACCAUGGAUUGAGGCCAUGGUCCAGAACUACGGUCAGCAACAGAAGGCAAAAUGUCUAAAAGGCUACGUUUUAGAGGCCAUCGAGCUGCCGAGUUCACACCAGCAGAAGGAGAAUGCGGUGGCGUUGCUCUUGAUCUCAGACGGAACGGUCUCCAUACCGGCGGUUCUCACCAAGCAAGCAUGGGAGGUGAUUCAAGAAAUGGAGGAGAGGGAUACCGUCUCCGGGCUGAAGAAGUGCACCACCUUCCUGCAGAUUUACAGCCUGGAGUUCCAGAGUGAGGCUGAGAUGUAUAAAAGCAGGUUCUUCCUGACUAUUGAGAAACUGGCCACGGUGGCUUUUGGGGCAGUGAAUGACAGGGUUCCAUGCUGCACAACACUGCCCACAGUCAAACAGAAGAUUUGUGAAACCUGGAAGUGCCUACAGGGAGAGAACUCAUCCACCUACAUCUCACAGUCCGGGGUUUGUCUGUCGGACUUCUUCAUGGCGUGGUUUGAGGACGAGAUGAGCUCCCUCCUGGCUGAAUUAAAGACCCGGCUGGCUCUCCCCUCCUCAUCCUCCCCGCCCCUCCCCCAGCCCUCCACCUCCCGGGCUGACCCUCCACCCGUCGAGCGCCCCACCCACCUGCCCACUGGCUGGCACAUUGACCGGGUCCAGUACAAGGGACAGGAAGCUUUCACUGUCCCAGUGUCACACCUUUACAUCCCAGCCGAGCAGAUGGAAGUGAUGCAGAGACACCCAGAAGGAAGAGGACAGCUUGAACCUCUGGAUGGUAAUACAUCUGCAGGCCCAGUCGAGCGAGAGGAGAGGGUUCUCCCUGACUCGGGACAGGAUGGGAGUUCUCUCGUUGGUUCGGGAGAGCAGGAGAAGGGGCCAGCGAACCCCUGGGACAUCUUUGCGUCAGCAGUGGAGAACCUCAGCACAUCCUCGUUAGAAGUGUCCUUGUCGGGGUCUCCCACGCCUGACCUGCCCUCAGACGAACAGAGUCCUUCUCUGCUCCUGCCAUUGGACGGGGAGCACGCAGCCGUUGCUAUGGUGACCAGCACUCAGGCCUCACCCUUGGGCCGAUCCAGCAGCCGGGAGCUGUUCACGGGUUCGGAGCAGAGCGGCGGGGCCCACCCGGAGGACUCGAGGGGACCGGGGGUCCUCGUCCCUGAGCCCCGUCCCCUGGACGUGUCCCUACCGAAGGACACGCAGUCCUCUGCCGGCUCUUCCAUCCCCUCCAUGAACAGAGAGGUUUCCAAUGGGUCCGACAACCAAACCCUUCCCCCGUACCAGAAGCCCCGGCCCCACACUGCCUUAAGCUGCUCUCCUGGCCGGGAAGGCUCCUCCCGUUCCUUUUCAGACCCUUCCGUAUCCUCGACGGACAAUCCGGAGCGUCGCCUCUUCCUCCGCACCAGCUCCCCGGACUGCGACUGGGGUGACCCCUCCGCCCCCCAGCUGUGCUCACCCCCACCCCCCCUCCGCGAGGAAGAGGAGGAGGAAGAGGAGGGCAGUAUCGCCAGGAAGUCGAGAACAGCCAGAAAGAAGCAGCGGUCUGCGCGGGUGGAGUCUGGCGAGGCUGAAGUGGUCAUCGUCAGCCACCAGGGGGCGGUGAAACAGGGCUGCGGGGGGCACGCUCCCAAGAGGAGGCGGUCUGGAGGCAGCAGCCCCCCGUCCUGGCUGGACCACACGGGGGCGGCCGGGCGCGCCGGGGACCACGGAACGUGUGAGGCCGGAGCCACGGGAGCAGAGGACGGCCCCGCCCUGGCCACAGACGUCCGCAGGGCGGUAACGACCCACGCAGAUGGCACCCCAUUCAUGUACCGCUACGAGCCAACUCCCCAAGUCGCCAAGGCACUGAGCCACUUCAGGGUUCCCGAUGACCUCGUGCGGUGGUCUGUGCGCUACCUGCUCGGCCCAGACGGACCGAAGAAGACCAGCUGAGCGCCAUCUGCGCCGGCCGCGUGCCGGAGAGGGCCUCCGGACUCUCCGGGCUGUUCCGCAGAGCGAGGCGCACGCCAGCGAGCUGGAGAUGUGGACGGCUUCGUGAAAAGACUGCCAGGUUAUUUCUCCUGCUGGGUUUGUGUACUGGACUAGAGGCACCUGCACGGGGAGGGGAAUGCGGCACAGUCCUGGUGCAAAUCUCAGGUCUCAGCGGAGUCGGACCAAAAGGUCAAAAGCAGUGGUCUCAAGCUCCAUGCCAAGGAGGGCCGUGUGCAUGCUGGUGUUUAUUUCAGCCUCAGAUCUUGAUUAUAUAAUUAGUUCGAUUAUUUGCUGAAUUAUUUGCUGGCAGGUUUGCACAUCUUGUAUAUGAAGUGAAACGUGUUAUUUGUGUUGUCUAAUUAAGAAAUGUUGUUUAUAUUCUGUGCUUUAAUGCACAUUGCUGAAAGUGUAAAUAGAAUAAAUUAAGGCAACAUUAAUUGGUUGGAAUGAAAACCUGGAUACACACGGCCUUCCGUGCCAACAAGUUUGAGGCUACGCUCCAUUUUGUUAUUGGAUAUUGUGUUACUGGGUACUAUGGGAGUUAUAGGUACUAUGGGGGGGACCCUGUUUACCCUCAGGUUGUGUUAAUGGCACUUGAAUCUCUUUGUUGUGACCCAAGCUCAGGUUCUUAUCACCCCGCCCACUCUGCCAUCAUCGUUCUAGUCGGUGCUACACUGUACUCCACAGCUGUUCCCUGGGUUUCUCUUAAGCUGCACUAAGCAUGUAUUUUUCAUUUUACUCACCAGGCAAUAAAUGGAUCCUGUAUUGUGUAAA